AUGGACGACAUCGAGGACAUGAUCAGCGAGGACGAGUUCGACCGCGUCGCCGUCACGUCCGUGCGCCCGCCCAUGGUAGCGCCCAAGCCUUUCUUCGAACCGACAGCGACCGACAGCACAUUCAGCAGCAGCAACUCUGACGCUGGCGUCAAGGAGGAACCCAGCAGUGUCCCUGGUACGCAGCUCAUCUGGGUCAAGACUUACGGCUGUUCGCACAACGUGAGCGACUCCGAGUACAUGCAGGGCGUGCUGUCGAGCUACGGCUAUCGAUUCACUCAGGAUCCGGACGCGGCGCAGCUCUGGCUGCUCAACAGCUGCACCGUCAAAGACCCAUCGCAGGCCGCCUUCAUGCACUUGGCUGUCAAAGGCCGCAAGCAGAACAAGGCCGUGGUCGUGGCUGGCUGUGUGCCACAAGCUGAUAGACAUUUGAAGGGCCUGGAGGACGUCAGUAUUGUGGGCAUCCAGCAAGUAGAUCGAGUCGUGGAGGUCGUCGAGGAGACGCUUAAAGGGCACACCGUGAGAUUGUUGUCCAAGAACCGGCUGCCUCAAUUGGAUUUACCUAAAAUCCGCAAGAAUCCAAUGGUGGAGAUUAUUCCACUGAGCACGGGCUGCUUGGGAGCGUGCACGUACUGCAAGACACGCCAUGCACGUGGUAAAUUAGGGAGUUACACGGUCGAAGCGAUUGUUUCGAGAGCACAGUCGGUAAUUAAGGAAGGAGUGACAGAGAUCUGGCUGUCCAGUGAAGAUACAGGAGCGUACGGGAUCGAUCUUGGCACUGAUCUGCCUACGCUUCUGCGCAAGUUGCUGGAAGUCGUGCCUGAAGGUGUUAUGCUCCGUGUGGGUAUGACCAACCCGCCGUAUAUUCUGGACCAUCUCGACGCUAUCGCUGAAGUCUUGCAGCACGACCGAGUCUACUCAUUCUUGCAUGUGCCGGUGCAAUCUGGCAGUGAUGAUGUGCUACUGGCCAUGAACCGCGAGUACACGGCUGGUGAGUUCCGUCGCGUCGCUGACGAACUGCUUGCGAAAGUCCCGGAUCUCACGCUGGCGACCGACAUCAUCUGCGGCUUCCCUACGGAGACCGAGGAGCAUUUUGACGAGACGAUGGAGCUUGUCGAGAAGUACCGUUUCCACAUAAUGAACAUUUCACAGUUCUAUCCUCGACCAGGGACACCGGCAGCCAAGAUGAAACGCGUUCCGACACAAGUGGUAAAGAACCGCAGUCGCAAGCUUACCAAGCUUUUUGAGACGUUUGAGCCGUACACGCAUCUUGUGAACACGACACAAAAGGUAUGGGUGAACACGGAGGUUUCAGAUGACAAGAAGUACACGGUUGCCCACACGAAAAAUUACACAAAGGUUCUGCUUCCUCGUGACGAUGCUCUGAUUGGGUGUGCGGCAGAGGUACGCGUCCUCACCGCCGCACGAUUCCACAUUACGGGUGAGGUGAUCUCACAUUCCCAGCCCGCCACUAUAGCGGCAGCUACCAUACGCGAACAGAUUCGAGCUGGGGAUGAUCUAGAGGUGGUGGAACGAUCGAAAGCUUUACCGACGGCGAAGUUUACAGCUGUCUCCUCUUACAAUGGUGAUGACCAUAGUCAGGAUCACUAUGACCACGGUGGUGAUGAUCGCCAUCGUAGUGAAGAAGAAUGCUGUGGUGGCGACGAAGUAUGUUGCUCUUCUGCAGGGGGCGACAAAAGCAGUGACAGCAAGUCCAGCACGAAGUCAGAGAUGAAGUCGAUGGUAAAGGAGCUCAUGGGGAAGACGAAGUAUGCAUACUCAGGCGCAGCUGAUGGCAUGGUAUCUUCAAUCGCGACAGCACUGGUAACGAAGUGGGAUCAAGUGUGCGACGAUAAGAUAGCGCUUGCGUCCCUCGUGACGCUGGUGGCGUCGGCAUCUUUUGUAGUAAGUCGUGUGCUUACGCGCAAGUGA